UUAAGUUCCUCUCGCUCCCAUUUCGAAGUUUCAUUUAAUAAUUUUUUUUUUUUUUCGCCGUUUCCUCGUCUACUUCCCCACCGCCAUGAGCUUCCCCUCCGCGAGGUCGAUCUCGUCCCCGAUCCUCCGCGAAACCCUACGACAACGACGACGAGGAGGAGGUAGAAGAAGAGGACAUGGAUGGAGGAGGCGGAGGUCCCCGAAGCAAUCGGGCCGGAGGAAGGAGAUGAAGCGAGUAGCGGAGAAGCUCGAGGCGCUGAAGCUGCUGAUCCCAUCGUCCCUGCGAUCCCACGGCGGCGGCGGCGGCGGCGCGGCGGAGGCGGAGGCGGAGGCGGAGCUGCUCCUGGAGGAGGCGGCGGGGUACAUCGAACGGCUCCGAUCGCAGGUUCAAAUCUUAAAGCAUUUGGUCGAUUUCUACGGCGCCGGAGAGGGGAACGCCGCCGCCGCGGAGGAGGAGGAGUAGUAGUAGUAGUAGGUUGGGGAGACGAUCGAGGAUCCCAAUCUCAACAUUUCUUAUUAUCGCUGUUUUUUAUUUUAUCUUAUUUUGUUUUGUUUUGUUUUUUUUGGGGAUUUGAUUUUAGUUUCUAGUUGAGGCAGAUGUAAAAAUAUGUUCAAAUAGUACAAUAUUGUGUCGUCUCGUCCUCCUUUGUCA